AUGGCGUCUUCUACUAAUUCAACGCCAGCGGAUGACCAAACUGAGCCUCCUUCAAUUGGAAUCAAAAGGGUAGAAACAGCUCAGGAUAGCAAAGCGCAAAGGCUCCUGCGUGUAGAUCAAAUAUCGAUUCGGAAAGACAGCAUUGGUAGUAUGCUCGCGGCAACGGAGGUAGAUAUCAAGUCGGUUCUACUGAAAGAAGUCCUUCUGGAGAUAUUUGAUGGUGUCGAGGGACUCAGUCUAAAUAAGACCCCUCCUAUGUGCUCGCCCGAGAUACUUUUCCAUGCCAAAGAUGCCUUGACAUCGAGAAAAGCAGAUGAGAAAGAGAAAGACGAUCCAAACCAAAUUCUGAUCAAUGAUAUCGGUACAGCGCUGCGGUUUAUAAAUGAAGAUUUUGGUCCCCAGAUACAAAGUUUAGAUUCGUUGCUUAAUAAUGGUGAAAUCACAUUUGACCUGCUAUGGGCUUUGAUGAAGCCAAAAGAUUUCGUGGUUUCUAUGCAGUUUAGGCUUACAGGCCAAAGUCAAGCUUUGAGUGUUGUCAGUGGGACCUAUCUUAGGAGACAGAAUUCUACGAAUUAUUUCAAGCUCAACGGCCGCAUGAUCUCUCAUGACGGAGAAGAUUUUGGCUAUGGCUUCGUAGACACCGAGAUAGAUGAGUUCGAUGGUGCGAGGAAAAUAACUUCGUUAACGGCAUAUCCCAUUCAAUAUGAUCCAAAUCCAGAUAUUCUCCGCUUUUUGUCAAGAUUACGUGGUCGUGUCAUGGCGGAUCCCGAGGCAUGGAAGUUCAAUAAUGGUUGGACGGAUCUUGCUUCACCAAUAAUCCAAAGGGAACACUCUAUUACGGGUAAAGAUUUGGAUUUGCGUGAUGAUCACUUGUUGAUUUGCGCAAACUGGAUCAACGGUUUCAGUUUGACGCACAAGUCUUGGGGGCAGUUUUCUGUUGAUGGCUUGGAAGACAUCGUUUGGAAUGAAGACGCUUUUAAGAAGCUGGUCAUUGAUGAGACUAGAAGGAAGUUAAUCCACGCAUUAGUAAGAGCUCACCGACAAGAUGAUGCUUCUUUUGAUGACAUCAUUGAAAAUAAAGGAAAAGGUCUCGUCGGAUUGCUCAGUGGUAGUCCUGGUGUUGGGAAAACAUUGACUGCUGAGGCUGUUGCUGAGGUUACCUCUCGUCCUUUGUACCAAGUGAGCACUGGGGAACUUGGAAUUGAUGCCGAUAAGGUUGAUAAACGUCUGGGUAUGAUACUAGAGAUCACUAGACGAUGGGGUUGUGUUCUGCUUAUCGACGAGGCGGAUGUAUUCCUUGCAACGCGUGGAAUCGACCUUGCUCGCGAUACUCUUGUGAGCAUCUUCUUACGAAGGCUUGAAUACUUCAGGGGUGUUUUAAUCUUGACGACAAAUCGGAAGUCAGAAAUUGAUUCGGCUUUCCAGAGUCGUAUACACUUCUCUAUCCACUAUCCUGAUCUAACAGAAAGUGGCCGUGUGAUUGUUUGGACUAACUUUAUCGACACUGUCUCGAAGCAAACGGGAACGCCUAGCCUCGAUUCGGCUGAUAUCGAAAAACUCGCAAGACUUGAGUUGAAUGGACGACAGAUCAAGAAUGCGGUCUCAUGUGCAGUAUCACUCGCAAGAGAGGAAAAAGAGCCACUUUCCGUGAAUCAUAUUGAAAUGAUCUUGAGUAUCACGAAUUUGUAA